AUGAUAUAUCCACUCAGUAUAGCAGGUAUUGCGUUGGCCAUCAUCAACCAGGUCUUAAACCUGGGCGAGAGAACAUCAAAUAUAAUCAGGGAGCUCAAGGACUUUGAAGAGACAUGGCGAGCUUCGGCCUUCAAAGCUUUAUUGUUUGAGGACCUACCUAUGCAUGAGGGCAAGACCCUUUUCGAGCAUUUCGACAAUACCGCACAGGAGCAAAUCAGGCUGGCCCUCGAUGACAUUCUAGAUGCAAUUUCCGACGCAAGCAGGCUCAUGGAGCGGCAGCUUCCACUGUCCAAGCACAUCUCCAGCAUGCUCCAGAUCCCAGUGUACACCAAACUCCGGUGGAUCUCCCACGACAAAAGACGCGCCUUGUCUAUUAUAACGCGAGUAGUGGACCUAAACACCCGCUUGCGAGACAAGCUAGAGCUUCUGCUCAUGGCCUCCACUGUUGGCGGCGGACUCCAACAUUUGAAGCGACUUCAAAGCAGCCCGCAUGCCCGAGAACUCGGUUUCCAGGACGAUGACAUCGUUUUCGACCGCGAAAGCCGGUUCACGAGUACAUGCCGAAACGGAAACCAUGUCCUCGUCGAAAAUAGCGGGCCUGUGGGCGAAAGCUUUAGUGCUUUGACGGGGCAUAUGAGACAUCGCGUGGAAGCAUUGGCCGGGUUCUUACACCAGCCAAAAGGACAAUCUUUCCGGAUUCCGCGCUGCUUGGGCUGGCAAUUUGUCCCGGAAAAACAGAGCGUUACUCUCGUCUUCGAGGCACCUGGAAACAACGCAAUGAAGCCAAUUAGUUUACUGGAGAUGCUUCGGACAAAGUCGAUCAAGCCUUCGCUUAGAGACAAGUUCCAAGUGGCUUUUGGCCUGGCGAAAAGCGUAGCUCAACUUCACAUGGUGCAGUGGGUUCAUGAGAGUCUGAGGAGUGAGAACAUACUGUUUUUCCCCAAAGCAGAUGUGGAACCCACAUCACACCGCUCUUCCAAGUCGAUACUGUUCGAGGAACCUUGGAUACUUGGGUUCGAGUUCAGCCGACCAGACCCUUUCUUUUCCUCUGGAUGUACAGACACAGAUAUGGCGAGCAAUGUCUACAGACAUCCAGAACGUCAAGGGUGGCAUAAUGGAGUCAUCCAUUUGUUCAAGAAAGAACACGAUAUCUAUGCACUCGGCGUGGUGCUUUUAGAGAUCGGUCUCUGGGAAACCGCACUCCAGCAAGACAGCCGAAAAUUCGCCAGCGUCGAAAGUCCCGCAGCCGUGCAACGGCAUCUCACAAAAGUCGCCGAAAGGAGGCUCGAAUCGCGAAUGGGGCCCAAAUUCCAGGCCUUAGUGCUGAAAUGUCUGUCGGGAGAUUUCGGUGUCAAGGAAGACACGAAAGAGGACUUGCACCUCCAAGAGGCUUUCCGGUCUCAGGUUGUAGAUGUUCUGCAACGCGCACUCGAGAAUGUUUGA